GGAAAUUCACUAGUCACCUGGAUAAUUUCCUUAUUUUAGCAUAGUUAAUUUCCUUCUUGCCCUCGUCUCUUCGUCGACGCUACCUUUGCUAAUCGCCGUCAGCUUUCUCUCAAUCGCUUUCCAAGAUGUCAGAAGAAACACCUUUCUAUCCCAGAGAAAAGCUUGUUGAGAAGCAAAAGUUUUACCAAAGCGUUCAGAAGCACACAUACUUGAAAGGUCGUUAUGACAAGCUUACAUCAGUGGCCAUUCCAGCUGCCUUGGCAGCUACUGCUCUGUUUAUGAUUGGGAGAGGGAUCUACAAUAUGUCUCAUGGCAUAGGGAAGAAGGAAUAAAUGUUGGCUUCUGCUAGGCCAUUGUUCCUAUGCGGCUUAUUGAAAGGAGAUAAUCUCAGUCCUGUUUGUUCUUUGUGGAUUUUUAAUUAUCAGUUGCUAAUACUAGUCACUUAGACGCAAACAAUAGAGCGUGGCGUUGUAUGGCAUAUGCUAUCAGUACUUAGCAGCAUAACACAUUUGCUCACCUGUUUGGGUUUUUGCAUAUUUGUAUUAAACGGUGUUGGCGUGGAAAUAAGCAUGUCAAGUAAUGCA